UCUUCAGUCUUGAAGCUACAUCUCAAAACCCUAAUAAAAAAUUCAGAAACUUUGCUUCCAAAUUUGAAUCCAUCCCACAUUUUCUCCUCCCAAAUCUACCAUGGCUACCUCCGAUUCCAAUCCUUCUGCCGCCACAGCUCCCACCCCUCUCCUGCCGUCCCUCUCUCCGCGAAGAAAGAAAAUGUACCCGUUACUCCUAAGCUUGCGGAAUUGAAUGAAUCAAGGCAAGAGCUGCUCAAUAGAAUUCAGAAUUUGAAACAGGAUCUACAAAGUUGGAGGUCUAAGUUGGACACUCAGGUUAAGGUCUACCGUGAUGAGCUUUUAGAACUCAAGAAAUCCCUCAAUGUUGAAGUAGAUCAGCUUCGAUCAGAAUUUCAAGGUUUGAGGACUACUCUGCGGCAGCAACAGGAGGAUGUUACUGCCAGCUUAAAAAACCUUGGGCUUCAGGAUGUUCCUGUGGAAAAUAAAGAGACUGUUGCUCCUAAGAUUGAAGUCAAGGAUGAAAAAGAUCAGGAUUUACCCAAGGAGGAAAAUAAGGAAGAGGUUAAUAGCUAGAUUAUGUUCGGCAUCAUCAUGUCUGUUUCUGAGCUUAUUAGCUCAGACGUGUGAACGCUUGAGUGGCAACUAGUUAUAUUGUCAGGAAGGGUUUCCAGUCAGUUUGU